AUGACCCGCGAAGACAUUUCCUUCAAAACAAGUGACGGCGUGACGCUCAGGGGUUGGUUCUAUACGCACAACAGCAGGUCUGCAUCACCUCUCCCCUGUCUCGUCAUGAGCCACGGCUUCUCCGCCGUCAAGGAAAUGUCCCUCGAUAAAUACGCUUCGCACUUCAUCAGACAACUUUCUUUGAAUAUCCUCGUCUACGACCAUCGUGGAUGGGGAGCUAGCGAUACCCUUCCUAGCCAGCCUCGACAGGAAUUGAUUGCUUCUGUGCAGAGUUCUGACAUGUCCGACGCAAUCACCUAUGCACAAUCGCGCAAAGAGGUGAACCUGGAGAAAGUUGGGAUAUGGGGCAGCUCAUAUAGUGGGGGCCAUGUGUUGUGGGUCGGGGCAGUUGACAAGAGAGUUAAAGCUGUGGUCACCCAGUUAGCCAUGAUGAAUGGACUUGGGCGUGCUGCAGGGCAACCACCUGUGCUGACGCCAGUUGUCAGUUCAGAUUCCACAAAGCCAGGUGCCUUAUCGACUGCAGAGAGUUUCGACAUGGAGGAUCUGAGAAGUUAUUGUCCCUCAUUUCAUAUCCACCACAUCUCUCCGACUCCGCUGCUGAUGACCCUCGCUGAGAAGGACACCCUCUGUCCGAUUGACAUCGGGCUGGAAGACUAUUCGCGAGCUUUGGAGCCAAAGGAGCUUCAGAUACUUCCAGGGGGUCACUUUGAUGGAUAUAUCAGCCCGAUGUUUGACUUGACUGUAGAGCGACAGACGGCUUUCUUGAAAAAGACCUUGUGUGCUUAA